AAAUAGCUUAUUUCGCUGGCAUCCAACCACUAGGAAGUGUAUGAACUGAAAGAAAAAUCAAGUGUGGACAGAAAAGGGAGAGAGGGCAUAGCACCUCCCACGUCCUAUCUGCGAGAGAGAGCGAGCGAGAGAGAGAGAGAGAGAGUCUGCUGUGCUGUGGUGGUGUUAGAAAUCGGACGACAUGAGCUCUACAUGAACCGCGUAAAAAUGCUUUAGGACGCUUUCGGCGUUUGUCUUUCAUCCGUCUAAACCAAGGACGAGCCUGAAGCAGAGCUAUUCUUCACGACCAGGUGUAACACUGUCUUAAGCCUGAAGGGGGCAGAAUGCCAGAGCAGAGCAACGACUAUCGCGUGGUGGUGUUCGGGGCGGGGGGAGUGGGGAAGAGCUCCCUGGUCCUGCGCUUCGUCAAGGGCACCUUCAGGGACACCUACAUCCCCACAGUAGAGGACACCUACCGCCAGGUGAUCAGCUGCGACAAGAGUGUGUGCACGCUCCAGAUCACCGACACCACAGGGAGCCACCAGUUCCCGGCCAUGCAGCGCCUGUCCAUCUCCAAAGGCCACGCCUUCAUCCUGGUCUACUCCAUCACGAGCAAACAGUCCCUGGAAGAACUCAAACCCAUUUACCAACAGGUCCUGGCCAUAAAGGGAAACGUUGAGGCCAUCCCCAUCAUGCUCGUGGGCAACAAGAGUGACGAGACCCAGCGGGAGGUGGAGACCAAGGACGGGGAGGCUCAGGCCAACCAGUGGAAGUGCGCCUUCAUGGAGACAUCAGCCAAGACCAACCACAACGUAACCGAGCUCUUCCAGGAGCUCCUCAACCUGGACAAGAAGAGGAACAUGAGCCUCAACAUCGACGGCAAGCGCUCGGGGAAGCAGUCCCGCGCCGAAAGACUGAAGGGCAAAUGCAGCGUGAUGUAAAAUCCAGGAGAGGAGGAGACAGGAGGUGGAAGGCGAGAGAGGGGGAGAGGGAGGGGAAAGGGGUGGUAGGGGGAAAUACAGAGAAAAGGGAAGAAAGGAAAGGAGACGAGAGAAAAGAGAGACUCACUAAAACGUAUCACUCAGGAGCAAAACGUCUGGAAGGCGACGGGAAUCUCAUCAUUCACAUCCUCCUCCGUUUUGACUGGUGCAUUCACAAACACAUACAUACCAGAAGCAUACCGGAUUUCAGCUUGGCGCAUUACAUCCAUGUGCAUUCUGCUUAAAGGAGAGACGAAGGGGGAGGGGGGUGGUUGUCACAGAAUAUCGAGAAGCAGAUUUAAAAACAAGAAGUGUGUGUCACUGGACAUCAGCCACAAUUGGAAACAGUGUGGGGUGUGGACUUUUGCAUUGUCCGAGUGCCAUAAAAACCUGGCUGAGGAUCUCAUCAAGACCUUGGACUGCAAUAAAGACCAACAGCACGCCUUGACCAAGACUGAAGGUUUCUGAUGUACACAAAAUACUUAGUGUCCUCUCUCACUUCUGCACCCACCCCUCCCUCCCUGCUCAGCUCACACCUUAACACCCCCCUCGACAUCCCAGCACCCUCAUCCUUUAUAUAGCCCCCUAUUAUAACAACUUAUAGAGAAACGUAAUGUAUAUGUAACAGAGAAGUUAGUUAAACUCUCUCAUCUGGUAGAAAUGCUAUUUUAAGAAACUGGGGUGUCUGCCAUGCUAGUGAGGACAGGACUCGAAAGGUUUGAAACUGCUAGAAUGAUCGGCAGCAGCAAAAAAAAACGUGUGAACCGGCCACACACUGGGUCCACACCCGAGGACUCUGAUGUAUAUAAACAUGGGAUGUUAUAAUAUAUUCCAUCUUGUCUACACAUGCCCUGCCCCAGCUGUUAAAUCAGUCAAAGAAAGUUCGAUGUGAAGUUUGAAGCAUUAAAGCUCAAAUUUGUGGCUAGAGGACGAAUUCAUUCAUCUUCUCAUCCUAACCAUUCCUCCUGAAUGAUAUUUUUAAAAAAGACCCUUCUUUAUCUUUAUCAAGCUGACAUUAUAUCAAGAAUUCACGUGCAACUCUUCGAAACGUCCUCAUCUGAAGAAGAAGCAUCCAGCAGCAGGGCAUGCUCACACGCUACUGAUACGACGCAACAAUCCUUUUAAGACUCUCAUCUAUAGCGUAGAAUAACUCUGGAUGAAAGGAAGCUGGACUCUCAUCAGAAUAUGAAACAGAAAUACAAGUCUGCCUUGAGAACGAUACACUCGGAUAAUCAUUGCCAAGCUGGUAAGACAAAAGCGAACUGGGAUGAUUUUUUUUUUCUUUUGGUUUCAAGGUCAAGAAUGUCAGUUUGCUUUGGCACUUUUCAUGUGAAGGUUUCUCUUUUUUGCCUUUUUCUUGCUUUAUGAUGCUCUUUAAAUUCAUGUAAAGUCAAAAAAAACCCUCCUUAAACAAAAAGCACACAGAAAAAAAGAGGAAUAAAAUAAUAAGGAAUGGAUUUAAAAUUGCUCCAUGCAGAUUAUUCAGUGUGACCUGAAUCAGUAAUUCUGUUUCCUCUUUGGUUGGUUUGGUCACAUUACCUCUCACAUGCUCAUCCAGGCAUCAGGAAACAGAAUGGGUCACACACACACACACACAUAUACACACACAGCAUGCGCAGAAAUGCAUUCGUGCAUGUGUCAAAACAGAAACACACAGACAUAGCUGUAGUUUUCAAUUUGAGUAACUCUGUUGAUGGAUUACAUGAAGACAAACAGGGCUCACUCAGCCUAAAUGCCCUCACAUUGCACUUUAUAUCAUGAACACACACAACUAUACACACACAACUUUAAUUUGCCAUGUUUUUGCCUACAUUGUGUUUUAAUGAUCUCUGCUUAACACAGAAUAUCCUGGAGCCAUUGCUCUAUGUCCAAAGUGCAUAUAUAUAUAUAUAUAUAUAUAUAUAUAUAUAUAUAUAUACACAUACAACAUUUUUCAUGCAGGAGCUCUGAAAAUUGUACACCAUGUACACAGGACAGCCAAAAGCACAAUACUUUUUUACUGACAUAUCUAUUUGUACAUUUCUUUGUGUGUGUUUCUUUUUUAUAUUUUUUUUUCUUUUUGUCUUCUUUGUGCUAUUUCCAUCUUUAACAUCUACUGACCAAGUCCUGAACAUGGAGGAACAAUCACAUCAUGAUCAUAGGUAGUAGCUCUCAGUCUCUAUGUAGAUUUUUUUUUUUUUUUAAUUUUUUUAUUUGUCCUGUACGUGGCACAAUGAGGUUGUGGUUCUGCUGAACAACAGGGUAUCGUGAUGUGACCCCAUUAGCUGUGGUUGUGAAGUGUGUACAUGUGGUCUUAACCCUCCCCACCCCCACACCACACACACACACAUGAUUGCAGGUCAUAGUAAUGCAGAGGAGGGUCAGAUUAUAUAUCUACUUUUCUCCAUCUCUCAGGAGGUUUUAACAAUUUGGUGGAUAAUCUGUUCCUGUACUGUUAAACCCAAAGACACAGACGAUGCCCCUUUUAACUGUGUGUCCAUCUCUCUGAAAAAAGAAAAAAAAAGAAAGAAAAAGAAAAAAGCACAGCAACUGUUCUCGUCUGUCUCCUUCUCUGUCUUUAUGUGUGCAGCAGAAUCAACAACUGGGCACUUUAGGGUGACAUUUUACUUGAAGACUUACUUAUUAAUCUGCAACGCCUCAUUUAUAAGCAUGAUGUAAAAUGCCCCUCCUGCAUUAUUCAUGCCCGCAGACCCGAUAAAACAAUUUCAAAUGUGUAGUUAUUGUAAAUAAGCAUAUGGUAGUUCAAUGAAAUGUUUAAAAGAGCUUCAAGUAAGAUGUUACCCAUGUAAAGAUAAACUGUACCCACUGUCUUUCUGGGAAUAAGUCCUUUGUAACCAGGAAAUAUUGUUACAGUAGGAGGUUCGAUGUUGCUAUGUACUGUAAUAUACAGCUUAAUAAUGAUGCUCAUGAUAUAUUGUAUUUGACACAUCCACUCUUCAGAUCUAUCAAUCGGAUUAAUACUAGCAAAAUGUGAAUAUGUAACUACAGGUUCCACUCCAUAGUUGAUACUUUUUUAUUUUCAAUGUUUUAUGAAUUUGUUGUUAUCGAUGUGUUGUAUUUUGCACUAACGUGAGGUCCUGUUAAACUCAUCUGCAUUGUAAACAUACCCUUUACCUGUUAGACACCAGGGAUGCUCAUUCAUGCUCUCUUUCAUUUUCUUUUUAAUUUUAUAUUUCAGAAACAAGAUGUGCAAAACAGAUCUGGGUUAAGUUGUGUUUGUUUUUGCCUGUUAAGAUGCCAGAUGGAUGGAGUACAACCUACCUGAUGUGGCCAUCUGAGGCACUAAAGAUAAAAAAACAAAAAGCUGGAAAUAAUCUGUAACAACCAUCGGACCCAGCUCUGGUCUGAUCUGAUGUGUAGCUACCAGCAGCAGUGUUGCACACGCUGCAUAAAUAUCAAGCUUGACACGUCUGAUUGCUUGACACAAAUGCCAGAUUGCAAGCGCAUGUUUGUGCAAUCUGUUGUUCUGCUGACGUCUACAGGAGACUGCCGCUGUUCAUGUUCCUGCAUGGAAUAUGAUACAGCAGGGCGGAAAAACAAUGAGGCAGCGUUCGAGAGCAGUAUGGACAACAAGCUGAGGUGAGGGAGGGGAGCUGUGCUAUUAAUAGAAAUAGUGUGAAAAUAUGGAGUGCAACUGCACUAGCCGUGGUCUGUAUAGGACUCAAAUGUGCUUGCAUGUGGGAAGAGUGUGAGAGGAGAAAAUGGCGUGCAUGGAGAGUGUGUGUGAGCAUCCGUUGAGUUUCUGGGCUGUGUGAGUUAAACGCUGGCAUGAAUCAGGACAGACACCUCUGCCCCCGUCCUUCCAUGGCUUGUCUUAUCUCAUUUAUCAAUGAAGCAUUUUUCGCUGCUGCUGUGUCUGUCUGUGCGUGUGUGUGUGUGGGUGAGUGAGUGUGAGUGUGAGUGAGACUGCGAGUGCAUCCAUGUAUGUGCGCAUCAGCCACCUAUUUGCAUUUCUUCACUCUGGCAUGAGUGUGUAUGUGUGCACGUUGUUGUACCAUCUUAUGAAGUGUCUGUCAGAUAUUUGAAGCUUUCCUGUGGAGAAUGCCUACACAUUCUGCAUGAGUCAUCCCGCACUGCUCAAUACACACACAUACUCUCACACACACAAGCAUAUAAAACAGGUAUGGAGGCAAAACUGACUAUAUGCCUUCAGUUGCAUACACAAACACUUAUAUACACAUAUGACAUUCACACAGGCCUUGUCACUGGCUGUUUUUCUGCUCUCCGCUGUUGCACAGGCACUACUGUCAGCACUGCUUUUCCAUCAAUCAGCUGUCUGCCCCCUGAAAUUCAGAGUUUCUUUCACAUUCACCCCCCUACCACCACCAUUUUUUAUGUUAUGAGUUGGUUGCACUUGAACAGACCGAAGGCCGACACUGCUCACACCUGACUGUAGAUAGUUGUAAAUAGUGUUCAAAGGACUUAAUAUUUCAGAGAUGAAAGAUGAGAGUAUGCAGAGGAAAGGGGGCUGUGGUGGGAAGGUGCCUGCAUUUCUUUCUUAUAGUCAAAGUGUCCAUUUAGAAGCAACAGAAAACUUACUUUACUUCAGAAAAGAGCUACUUGAUGACUUUAUGUCAACUUCACCAGCUGCCAUGAAGUUGUUCAAACUUUGGGGCUGUUCCAAAGUAUGCCAUAAAUUUCUCUGCAAGAAAAAAAAAAUUGACAUUAAAAUUGACAUUAAAGCAGGAGAUGUAUGGAGGCUCUAAGUGCUCAAUAUUAGACGAAUAAAUAAGAAUUUGUAAAACUGUUAAUCGUGACUAAAUACAGAAAGGAAAUAUGAUAUAAGAAAGAAAUUCUGAAAUACUCCAAUAAAGGUUUAUAAUUCAGCAAAUUAUUAUGAAUUUUCAUCUUCCUUCCUUUCAUAAUAAAAGAGUUUAUUGAAAGUCAUUUUUAUUUAAUUCCAGACAGGUUUUAUCUCCAAAUGUUAGAAAGCACAUUUGAAAAUCAGAAUUGCUGGAAUGAAAUAAAAAUUUGUUAUUUUGAAGAAACAGACAUUUAGGAUUAUUUCACAGUUUCAUGGUUUAAUUAUAUAUUUUGUCUUAAUAUAAUUCAUAUUAUUUAUUUUGUAUCAUCACAUUUUUUUUGUUAAUAUUGAACACUUCGGGCCUCCAUAAAAUCUACAUAGGCAACACUUGUUCAAGUUUUGGAUUAAUACCAGGUUCACCUCAGUUGUUUGUCAUCAGUAAGGUAACUUGCUGAGGAGUCUUGUACAACAGAGGAAUCUUGGUUCACAUGUGUUCUUCCAUAGCAGGAUGGGAAACAUGACCAUGCGACGCUGAAAUGAAGGGCAGUCAGUAGAACCUGAAUACACAAUAAAAGCUGUGGUUUUCUAGUCUGUCAGUCUCAUUUCCACCAACCAGGGCAGGUUGCAGUCCUGUCAGAGGAUCUGAAGGAAAUCAGUUCUGGAAAGAUGGAAAUAGAAAAACCCGUUGACCUCUCCGGCUCACCCCUUUACUUCUCGUCUGAUUGCCUCAGAUCCUCAAAAACUGUUUUUGCAGACAUGGGUGGGGGGGCGUAAAGUGGGGCAUAUAGACUUUGUGGGUAAUGUAGUUUGUUACUAUCCUGUUGCUCUGGCGCUUCAUUCCUGCAUGGUCCCUAUUGGUGUUCCAGCCAGCAUGAGAACAAGGACACAAACUGUGAAUCAUCUUUGUAUUUUUUAAAUAAAUUCCUCAGCAGCAUUUACAGCUUCGGUUUUGCAAAUGGUUUAUUUCUUUUUAGCACUUAUUGUUUUUUGUAAAUUAUUCAAUUGAUUUAUUUUUUUUUCUUCUGUUGGAACUUUUUUAUUUAACUAAUUAUGAUGUAUAGAUAUUUAUUCUAGCAAUAGUCUUCCUAUUAAGAUAUACUGUGCUGAUGCAUCCUCUGAAUAACUGAAAAUAACUAUAUAUAUAUAUAUAUAUAUAUAUAUAUAUAUAUAUAUAUAUAUAUAUAUAUGUAUAUGAUAAUAAUAAUCAAAUCUGCAAAAUGAUUUUCCUAAUAAAAAUGUGAACUGA